AUGGCGGCGGGGCGGUGUCCGGGGCUCCGGCGUGUCGGGGGCUAGGCGAGGUGACAACGCCCCUCGCUACACAGGCAGCUCCCGGGGCUUUGUUUCCCUGGCCGCCCCGCUGUGCCCCUCGCCUCCCCCAUGGCCCGCAGCCGCCUCCCGCUUUGGGAGAGGGGGCGUCGGAAGGGCCAGGCGAAGCCGCCUGGGCUGGCCCCGUUGGGGUGCGGGGGCCAGGGGAGGCCGUCCCUGAGAGGAGGCCCGAGCGGCUCUUGCGGACCCCGCGCUGCUGCCGGCCUGUUCGCGAGGCAGCGCGGCGGCAGCACCCGCUUGCAGGAAGCAGGAAGGAUUUGUGCAGGAGCAAAGGAGAUUUCCCGGGAUGGGAUCGUGCAACCCAGUCGCUCUCCUGUUCUGGAGGAGGAUCCAGGGCAGUCUGUGGGUCCGAUGUGAUGAGAGUCGAGUGUAACGUGAGAGGGUUCCCGUAGAUAGUCUUCUUUAGAGCUCACUUCUGAAGGCAAAGGCUGCUAUGCAGUUUGCAGCCCACCUAAUAUUGCAGAACCUAGUAUGUUGUUGGUUUUUUUUAAAGACUCUGCAAAAAGCAUGCAGUGUUGCCUAUCCAAACAUCCGGAAAUCAUGAGCCAGGCUCUUUAAAAAAAAAAAAAAAAAGUAUGCACAAAAACCAGCAGUGACUCACAAAUGCUUGUAUUUAUUUCUUUGGCUCAGGUUAACUUUGUGCCUGGCUGACUUUUUUUUCACCUUGAGCGGGGAGCAUCUGCCCCUAAGGUUUGGAUGCCCAACAUGAUUGCACAAGUAUAAAUUGCCUCUUACUGGUGCAAAAAAAAAAAAAAAAAAGCAGGCACACUGGAAACCCCUGUAGCGGUGCAGCUUACUAGAACAUGGUGUAAAGCUACCCCAGGAAAAAAAAUGAAUAAAAACAGGCUGGUGGAAGUAAAGUAUGUUUGCAAUUAUCCCAGGGUAGACUGCUCAAUGCACGCAGGUUAUGAUGUGCUCAUCUUCCCACCUAGUGAUUAGGUGCUGUAACAGCAACUACUUCAGGCUAAUUCACACCAUUGUACAAAACCAGUAUAAAAUAAAGACGCGUUAACACAUUUUGGCCAUGUCCAGAUGUGUGUGAAUGUUUGGUUCCCCAGGGACAACUAGCAGCAGGAUACUGUGUGGGGUUGCUAGCUGUCACGCGUGCUCUGGCACAAGUUACCCAUGGCGGGGUAGGGGAGACUGGGGGCCUGCAGGGGCUGCAGUCAUGUUACUUCUGCCAUGCAGAGCCUGGCUGGCAGCAGAGCACAGCUCCAGCUUUAGGUGGCUCCCAUUGCCACCGUGUGUGCAUAUCCAGGGGUCCAAAAAAACCUCCACGCUGCUCUCUUGCAGGGAGGAGAACAAUUGAAUGUAUAGUAUGUGGUGCCAUGGAUGUAUCUGGAGCGCCACAUACCACGUGGCUACACUCCACUUUGUGUCCAGCUAGAAACAUUUAACUUACUGCUUCUGGAGAGCUGCUACUCUGUACCAUCUGUAGACAAGCUAGGCAGCUGUCUACUCAUACUCUAUGCAGGUUUCCUGGACUUUGUGUGGUAACUAAAGGUCAUCAUCUUCCCCAGAAAUGCCUAUCUUCAGCCAUGCCGGGAACAAUGAGAAGUGAUAGUUUUUGCUGAUGGCAGCCUCCCUUAGUUUAAAAGGAUGUGGAAAUCUUGCUGAGGGCAGCCUGUGGCUUUAGUCUACCAAGAAAGCAGAAGAAGAAACUAUCACAAUUUGGAAAAUGAAGAUUGUUUUAGGAAUUCAUCCUAAUGCACUGGCAUAUUCCAUGACCACAUUAGGUGCUGGAAUGAUGAAUAGUAUCUUUAAUUUCUACUAUGUUAAGCUUUUCUUAAACCAGUACAAGAUUUCAGAAAUUGCCUUUCAUCAAGCUCAGGUGGUUUUUAUGAUAUGGAAUGCCAUUAAUGACCCUCUCUUUGGGUAUAUUCAAGACAACUCCAAACUCCCAUGCUGUUCGAGACGCCAGUUUUCCAUUUUAUAUGGAGCUCCAUUGUAUGCCUUAGCCUUUUUGCUUCCAUGGUUUCCUUGGAAACAUUAUCAGGAAGGUGACUGGCUAAGUGGUCUUCACCUUAUUGUUGCUUUAUGUGCUUUUGAUGGCUUGCUUACAUUUGUUUUGCUAGCACAGUGUGCACUUUUUGCAGAGAUUUCAAGUAGACAUGAAAGUAGACUUCAGCUCAUUAAAUAUAGCCAAGUGGCAUCGUUAGUUGGAUCAACCAGCAUUCUCUUUUGUGGACUAAUAUCAGAUAACAUGGAAAAUUUUACCUACUUUCAGGGCUUUACUGUUUUAGUUGCAGUAUUAGCAACUGCAUGUAUGUGUUACACUGGCAUGUAUAGCACUAGUCAGUAUGAACAGAGAGAAUCUCUCAUGGAAGACACUAGCUUUGGAAAUGAUGAUAGAAAUCUUUCCUGGGCUUCUGUAAUUUCAUUGACCAAACAGAUCAUGACAGAGAGAAACUUUGUGCUUUUUGUGACUAUGAACUUCUUUCAAGUGUUCCACCUAGCUUUCUGCAACAAUUUCAUGAUGAUCUUUGCGGAUAAUCUCAUCCCUAAGGAUGUCCUUUCCUCCUUUAUAAGAAGCGUCAUGUACGGGGCAGGCUUUAUUUGUCCUCAGUGUCUUGUACUUCUCAGCCAGAAUUUGUUGAAGAAGUUUGGUUAUUAUAGGAUCAUCUUGUUUUCUUUUUACUUAGAAGUAAUAGCUGCAGCUGCUAUGUUUGUUGUAGGGCCUGAACACUAUUAUUUCCUGGCAUUUUAUCUCACAACAAACAUGGUAAUUGUUCAAGCUUCAUUCAGUUUGUUUAAUCUGCCCUUGGCAGAUAUUGUUGAUGCAGACUUAAUAAAGCAUAAACGGAGAUCACCACUUUCCUCCAUGGUUUUUGGUACCAAUGCUUUAUUUACCAAGCCUGCCCAGUCUUUGGCUCCUAUGCUUGUGGUUAUGAUAUUAAAUCAAUUUGGAUAUGAGCACCUGAAUAAUAAAGUUGUUCAGCCUGAUUCAAGUUUGUUUUUAGGUCUUCAUGGAGCCAUGUUCUACUUGAUUUGUCUGAUUCCACUUGGCAUUACAGUUGUACAGAUUUUGACUUGGACUCACUUUUCCAUCCAGAACAGUCAUAUGUUGACUACACGCUGAAUUUUUACUACUUAAUCCAUACGUUAAGAGUCUGACUUAUCCGUUGAACUGUAGGACUAGAAUUAGUGCAUUUAAAAUGCAAGUAAGCAUAAUUGUAUUUAAUGGACUAAUAGACCAAAAGCAACCUGAGCCAUUGAAUUUAAGAAUGCAUCUAUGGUGGCUGCAGAGCAUCCUGUUGAACUCCUUCAGCCUUAAUACACAAUUUAUUCAUAGUUUCUUUUUCGACUUCAGUUACCAUAUAUGCUAUUAACAUAUGGUAAUUGUAUGAUUUUUAGUGACGCCUUGUGAACUCUGAAAAUGUCUUUAACUUACACAGGCACUAAAGAUAUAAGGUGUUUUCUGCUAUGUGUAAGUAUUACUCAUUUCUGUUAAGAAUGGAUUUGUCAGAAACCCACCCCUUCAUCUGGCCCUCAUGGGUAGGGACCUACUUAAAUCGUGAUUUCACAAUACUUGUAGAAACUGCAAAAAACAGCAAUCUCUGCAGUUGCUGCAAAAAAUGGCAUUGGCUGGAAUUUCCCAGGAAAUCAACCAAAAAAAAUAAAAUGCUGGCUCCCUAGUGGGAGCCAGUGGUCCUUGCUCCUGCUGUGGCCUGGUCGUGCAGCCCUCCCUGGCGGGGAAGGCGCAACACAAGGGGUAGUCAAGAUGGUGGCUGCCCCCUCAUGCCUCUCUACCAGUCAGCAGCAGGGCCACCAGGAAAUGACCAUGGAAUCAGCUCUCCGGGCCGCAACCAAGCUGUGAAAAUUGCUUUCUCUUGCCAUGAGUUAGGUAGGUCCCUUUUCAUGGGAACUGCUCUCUUGAAUAUUCAGUGAAAGAGUGUGGAAUGAUUUUAUUUUCUCUUACAAAAAGCUAGACCAAGUUAACCAAGAAAAGGAUGGAUUGUUGGAGCUAGAAAGAAAGAGUUUUCAAUAGUCUGCCUGGCUAAUACACACAAAUACUUCCAGUUCCAGUAGGAAGAGGUGGGGUAACACAUUGGCCUGUAAAAGUCAACAUAAAUUAGGAAAACUUUAAAUACUGUUGAAUUAAGUUUUGAGAUCUGUGGGAGAAGUUUUGUACUUUGUUAGCUACACAAGUGUCUGUUACUUGGUGCCAUUAAACUAAAAAGUUUUAAGGGUUUCAGUAGGUUGGAUUACUUUUUAUAAUUGUUUUUAGCACUUUACACACAAGGUCUUAUCUGCUCAUGGAUUUGUGUUUGAUUUAGCUAGACAAGGCUGACAUUUAAAACUAUUGAAUCAAACUACCAAUUUUAGUAGUGCUGGAUUUGUCAGAAACUUGAUUUUUCUAACAGCCAAAGUUAGUUUUUUACUUAGCCCCAGUGAAGCUGUUUCAGUCCCAAUCUUUUAAAUAGUUUGUAUGAUAUUUAAAAAUAAGGACACUUCAUCAUAGCUUGGAAAUGCAUGAGGCUAUUGAUUCAGUCCUUCCAAUAUAAUGUGCAUAAUACUGUACAUCUUACAAAACCAGGGUUUUUUUACUAUACUCCUAUGUGUAACUGCUGUUUCUCCCAUUGUAUAUUAAUGAUGGAAUACUAAAAUGAUUAUUUGAAACUUGAGUUGUAUCAGUUUUCAAGUAAUGUAAUGACAUUUGUUUUUUCUCCAGCACUCAGGUGUUGCUUAAGUAAACAACCAGUCCCCUAGUUUUUGCUCUUUGUUUUGAUUGAUUCAAGGCUUUAGCACCUGGGCUGUUUACUGGAAUUACAACUGUAUGAACUCACAAAAAAUGUAAUGUAUGUAUAUCCAGAUUCAAAAAAAUUGAAACAUGUCAACUUAUUUCUAAGGCUCUAAGUUCAUCACAAUAAAUAUUUUGGGGGAGGACAACACAAAGCUGCUGUUGGAGUUUGAGGGAAGGCAACAAGGUUUCUGUUUAGGUAUCCUGGCCUUUACACCAGCUUCCCAUUACUGUCACUGACAUCCUGUGGGACCUUGGGAAAGUAGUUUAUCUUCUUUGUGCCUUUGUUUCCCUGUUUGUAAAAUGGGAACAUUGAUACUGUCCUGUCUUUGAAUCUAGUUAAGCACAGUGUAAAAGCUAGAUGCUCUGUUUGGAGAAUAUAUGUUGACUUCAGUAAUCUUAAGAUUAAAUUAAAAUGCAAGCAAUCAGAAGCAUAACAAAGUCUUAAAAUAUAGUUACAUUUAACUGCUCUUUUUUUAUAACUUGUCUUGCCAGAGUAAUACACUAAUCAUUAGUCUGCAUUGUAUACUCUAAUGUCAAUAUGUUUUCAGUGUCUUCUAUAUUUGUACAAAAAGAAUAGUGGGAUUUUCAUGUGACUGAAUUUUAAAUAUUGUCUUUUAUUAACACCCCCCACCCCCUCAAAAAACCCCAAACCAACCCACUGUUGUAUGUGCUAUAUAUGUAAAUGCUUUUUCUGUAUCUUGGUAAUAGUUUUUUUUUUUUUAAACAAAAAAUGGUAUAACUUGAUUUGCUUAUUUGGAAGCAUGUACAUUCCUUAUUUUUUGAUGAAUAUAGGAGUUAAGGAGAAAAAUUAUGAAACUUAAAUUACCUUUAGUAUUUCAUUAUAUAAAAUAAGGGUUUUUUUUCUUGGUUACUCCUUCCAGUUUGGGAAUAAAAAGUCAUAUUUCACCCCUCUAAA